CUCUCUCUCUCUCUCUCUCUCUCUCUCUCUCUGUGAGAGAAGCUCCAUUACAAUUUGCAGGUGGGUUGGCCUUGGAUUAAGUUCAAGGAAAACCUUGUCACUGUCAAGAAAACGUUAUCUGACAGCAUUUGCACGUGUAGGUGGGGCUAGGCCGAGGACUGGGAGCAGUGGGGACUUUCUCACAUGGGAAGACACUCUUGCUGUUACAAGCAGAAGCUUAGGAAAGGCCUGUGGUCACCCGAGGAAGAUGAGAAGCUCCUCAACUACAUCACCAAGUAUGGCCAUGGCUGUUGGAGCUCAGUCCCCAAACUAGCAGGUUUGCAAAGAUGUGGGAAGAGCUGCAGGCUGAGAUGGAUCAAUUACUUAAGGCCUGACUUGAAGAGAGGUGCAUUUUCUCAGCAAGAAGAGAACCUCAUCAUUGAGGUUCAUGCUGUUCUUGGCAACAGAUGGUCUCAGAUUGCAGCUCACUUACCAGGAAGGACUGACAAUGAGAUAAAGAAUUUCUGGAACUCUUCCCUCAAGAAGAAGCUGAGACAAAGAGGGAUUGACCCCACCACUCACAAGCCCCUCUCCGAGGUUGCUGAUGAGGAUGAUCAUAAAGACAAAGACAAGCUCAUCAUUCCCAGUAUCACCCAACACAACAACAAUGAUCAUCAUCACCAGAAACCAUCUAGUACCACUGCAUCAUGCAAGAAACCAAUCCUCUUUGAACCAGCAUUGAAUACUAACAAUCUCAAAGAUCAUCAUCAGCAGAAUUCCCUUGAAGUUCCUGCUAGCUCAGAGAUGAGGCCUUAUUCUGAGAUGUUCAUGAAAGAUUUCACUUUCCAGCAGCCGAACAUGAACUACGGGACAAGCCUUGGGCUUUCGGCUAGUCUUCAUCAAAGCAGCAACUCUCUCUGCUUCCAUCCAAGGUCAUCAUCUGAGAAUAUAAUGUCUCAGUUCAGUUCAGACAUGAGCACACCCAGUAUCAUCUCACCCACCAUGUCGAGCUCAAGCACCGCCGUCCCAGUAACUUCGGCUCGUGUAAAGCCUUCCAUUAACCUUCCCUCGGAAGUUGCUUUCAUGGUCAACAAUGGAGUCCAAAGUUGGGAAGCAUCAUCAGGUAACAAUAAUUGUAGCAAUGGAAGUCCUAGCGGCAAUGGAUUAAUAAGCAAUAAUAGCAGCAUCAAUACCACCGCAUUCUUUGAGAGCAACUAUUGUUUCUCAUGGGGGUUCGGUGAGGGUACUAAUACAAGCAGGUUCGAAAAGCAAGUCCCCUUUCACCACCCCAUAGGAAGCAAUUCAACAGAAGAAAACAACAGCAAAUGGGCUGAAUAUCUCCAGCUGCCAAUCUUGCUGGGAAGCUUGACUCAGAAUAACAACGAAGCCUCUCAUCAUCAUCAACCGGUCUCACCCUUCCAGUUGAUGGAUGGGCUGAACAACAUUCCUAGUUGGCAACAGAAACAUCACCAACAAGCCAAUCCGGACACUUUUGCUGCCGCUGUUCUUGGUCAAACUCUUUAGCUUUUUUCUUGAUAAACACAAAAAACCCCCCAUGAAAUUAUGCAAUAUGGUUAGAGAGGAGUGUGAAUGCAUAGUUCUUCUUUUGUUUUCUGUAAAUGAGUCUCACAGACAGAUUUUUUUUCCCCUUGCAUCCCUUUUUCCCCUUUUGUUACAGAAGAUAGGAGAUUAAACUGAGCCAUACCCACAUGUGUUGAUAUGUAUCCAUUCUGCAUGAAAUUAUAUUCAGAUAAUAAGGCUUCUGUUCUUGGUGUUUCUUU